AUGCGCGGCGCGAUCGUCUUUGGCGGGUCGUCACACCCCAGGCUGGUCGACGGUGUAUGCGACCGCUUGGGCAUGAAGCCUGGCUCUGCGACGCUGGGCAAGUUCAAGAAUGGAGAGACGUCUGUCACGAUCCACACGUCGAUUCGUAACAAAGAUGUCUUUAUCAUCCAGAGCGGCAGCGAGAAAAUCAACGACUCAGUCAUGGAGCUCUUGAUCAUGAUUUCUGCCUGUAAAGGUGGCUCUGCGAAGUCUGUCACAGCUGUUAUGCCAUACUUCCCUUACUCGCGCCAGUCGAAAAAGAAGCAGCACCGUGGUGCUAUUACUGCUCGUAUGGUUGCGAACCUCCUUCACAUUGCCGGUGUCAAUCAUGUAAUCACCGUCGACCUACACGCCUCUCAGAUGCAGGGCUUCUUCAAGUGUCCAGUGGACAACCUCGUCGCGGAGCCACUCCUUGCACGCUGGGUGCGUAUGAAUGUGCGAGACUGGAAGGAAGCAGUCGUGGUCAGCAAAAAUCCUGGUGGAACAAAGCGAGUAACGUCGCUGGCAGACGCCAUGAAGCUCAGCUUCGGCAUUGUCACAACAGAUAGACGCCGUGCAGGUGGAGGAAGGCCGUGGAACGAGAGCGCCAUGUUCGAACAACUGAGGCUUGAUGGCCCUUCGGAUUCGCGCGAGGUCGUAGAAGCUCCGCUUGACGCGGAUGCUGAGCUCACACCUAUCAGCAAAAUCUCGUUUGACCCCAAGUCAGAGGUUGGCAGGCCGAAGCCCAGGACACAACUCACACCUUCGAACCCUCUGUCACGACGAGCGAACGGCGUCGCUGGCGAACAUCCUCUCUCCAAGUCUAUGCGGGCAAGCUCCAUCGUCGAGCCAGAAGUGCCUCUCGAGCCCGUCCGAACUGAGGCUUCGAACAAGUCGGCAGAGACACACAGUCAACAGAGCGAGAAUGAAGAUGGUUCCGAGGUUGACGAGGAAGAAUACACUGACGAGCGUGCGCGCAAUGUCAUCCACGGACGCCUCGUGCAGGGUCACAUUGUCGACGAUACACAUCCUUCGCCCUCUAUGUCUGCUACAUCGCAUACUACCUCCUGGCGCAACCGGCCCCCGUCCGAAGGCGAGAACGAAGAUGUUCCUGCGCACAUGAUGAACUCUUUCAUGUCAACGACUUCCUCGAGAAGGGAGAAUCUGGACAAUGAGCACGGUCAUGCCCUCGGUGGUACCUAUGAUGCAGCAGCCUCGUCAGAAGACGAGGAGGAAGACCUUCAGAAUCCGGAGAUCGAGACAAUGGUCACACUUGUCGGCAACGUUAAGGAUAGACCGGUGUUCAUCGUGGACGACAUGAUGGACAAGUCAGCCUCCUGGAUCGCCGCAGCUGAGACUGUCGUAAAGCGUGGUGGUGCUACCAAGGUCUACUGCAUGGCCACGCAUGGCCUGUUUGGCGGCGACUGUCUCGAGGAAAUGAACAACUGCGAGUGCAUCGAGAAGAUCAUCAUCACCAAUGCUUUUCCUAUCCCAGAGCACAAGAGGGAACAGGCUGGCGACAAGCUUGUAAUUCUCAACGUCGAUAACUUGCUCGCUGAGUCGAUUCGAAGAAAUCACCAUGGAGAGAGCAUGUCGCAGCUGUUCACGCACUACGACUAG